GUUCUUGAACUUGGGAUUGUAUCACAUUCAAUCAUUAUCGGGCUUUCACUCGGAGUUUCACAAAGCCCUUGUACCAUAAGACCCCUGAUAGCAGCACUAUCAUUCCAUCAGUUCUUUGAAGGAUUUGCGCUCGGAGGAUGCAUAUCCCAAGCACAGUUUCGGACCCUCCAUACAACACUAAUGGCCUGUUUCUUUGCCUUCACAACCCCGAUGGGGAUUGCGAUUGGAACCGGGAUUUCAUCAUUUUAUAACCCUGAUAGCCCCCGAGCUCUGAUCAUUGAAGGCACAUUGGAUUCCAUAUCUGCCGGAAUUCUAGUCUACAUGGCUUUGGUGGACUUAAUUGCAGCUGAUUUCUUGAGCAAGAGGAUGAGCUGCAAUGUGAGGCUGCAAGUCGUAUCAUAUUUUGCACUCUUCCUUGGGGCUGGAUUGAUGUCUUUACUUGCAAUCUGGGCUUGA